ACUUAUUCCUCUCCCCUGUCUUCUUUCUUCUUAAGUCUCAACGCCUGCUAAACCCUAACUCUGUUGCGCCUUCAUUCACCAGUUACACUGUUUCACACAGGCUCAAGUAGCAGAACAGAGUAACAAGAGCAAAAUGGGCAAAAUCCCACCUGUUUUACGCUCGUCAGUUUCAGCCAGUACCCUUAUAAGAGCUCCAUUAAAAACUGAAAAUUCCCAACGCCAUCACUUCAACAAAAUACCGUCCAAAAAGCAGCAGCAAAAAGAUUCUGACGAUUCUCAUAAAACGAAAAUAAUCCCAUCUCUGUUUAAGUCGCCUGAACUCUCAGAAGCCAAGAAACUCCUUAACUCCUUUAUUUCUACGAAACAAACCCCACCCGAUCGCCCUUUCCACAACUCUAUCCUUCAGUCCUACGCUUUGGUGUCCACCGUUGAUGAUUCAAUCUCUCUUCUCCAGCACAUGAUUAAAACCAACCCCGCUUUCUCUCCUGACCGUUCAACUUACCAUAUUUUGCUUUCGCAGGCCUGCAAAGCACCUCAUUCUGACCUCUCCCCGGUUCAUAAAACGCUUAAUUUGAUGAUCAAUAAUGGGUUUGAACCAAAUCAGGGGACCACUGAUAUUGCGGUACGAUCACUUUGUUCUGUUAAUCGUGUUGAUGAUGCUGUUGAGUUGGUAAAAGAAUUGUCAUUGAAAAAGUCGCUGCCUGAUAUAUAUACUUAUAAUUUUCUUAUCAAGUGUUUGUGCAAGUGUAGAGCUUUGAGUAGUGUAUAUGGUUUCAUUGAUGAGAUGCGUAGUUCUUUUGAUAUAAAGCCUAAUCUUGUAACUUAUACAAUCUUGAUUGAUAAUGUUUGUAAUACUAAGAAUUUACGUGAGGCUAUGCGACUGGUUAGUGCACUUAAUGAGUCGGGGUUUAAGCCGGAUUGCUUUGUGUAUAACACUAUUAUGAAAGGUUAUUGCAUGUUGAGUAAAGGCAGCGAAGUUAUAGGGGUCUAUAAAAGAAUGAAAGAAGAAGGUGUAGAGCCCGAUCUUGUUACUUAUAACACAUUGAUUUUUGGGUUGUCAAAAUCUGGGAGAGUAGAUGAAGCUAGAAAGUACUUGAAAAUAAUGGUAGAAGCUGGCCAUUUUCCAGAUGCUGUUACAUAUACUUCAUUGAUGAAUGGGAUGUGUAGGAAAGGAGACUCAUUGGGUGCCCUGGCCUUGUUGGAGGAGAUGGAGGCUAGGGGAUGUAGUCCAAAUGCUUGUACGUAUAAUACCUUACUGCAUGGUUUGUGUAAGUCAAGGUUUUUGGAGAAAGGAAUUGAAUUGUAUGGGCUGAUCAAAGAGGGAGGCAUGAAGCUUGAGACGGCUAGUUAUGCCACAUUUGUGAGGAUGCUUUGUCGAGGUGGUAGGGUUGCCAAGGCUUACGAAGUUUUUGACUAUGCAGUUGAAAGUAAGAGUUUGACAGAUGUUGCUGCUUACACAACAUUGGAAAGUACACUUAAGUGGCUGAAGAAAGCUAAAGAAAAUGGUCAUGCAGUCUAAUUGUUCCUUUGGAUCCAUGUUGAGGUUUCUUCUUCAUGAUUCUGCAAGCUGUUACAUACUAACUUUAAGUUGUCAAAAUUGGGACUGGAAUGACUUCUUGGCUGCAUUUCUUAGAUCCAUGUUGAGGUUUCUUCUUCAUGAUUCUGCAAGCUGUUACAUACUAACUUCUUGUCAAAAUUGGGACUGGAAUGACUUCUUGGCUGCAUUUCUUAAUGGCAGCUCUUCGAGGUUGAGGCUCUUGUUGGUUGGGAUUGAGUUUUCUGCAACAACUCCUUGGAAUAAUAAAGAAAUGAUCCAUAUGUAAUUUCCCUUCUGACAGUCUACCUAAACAGAAAAGGUAAAUCAACAUGACAACUGUUUUGGGACAUAAGACUGCUACAAGUUACAGAAUUGCAACAAUAUUGUACUGUCUAGGUGAUUCCUGUGGUAUACUUUUUGUGUGUCUUGUGAGGAUGCAAGUUUUCUGAAUCAAUGAGAAAAAUCGGGGUGCUGCCAGUAGGUUGCGGAAUCAAAGUUGUUAUCUUGGAAGUACUGUGAUCCAUUCCAUACUGCUGCUAAGGCUAGUGGAUUAUCACUUAGAUAAUGAAAGAACCACCAAGCAUUUUUGAGUAGGUAGAGUUGGUUGAACUAAACUUUGUUAUUGAAGAUUAUUGGAAGUUCUGCCAUCGUGUCGUCUUGCUUUUUAGGUUGUCACCUUUUACUGAACUCAUCAAACGGCUGAUAUAGUAUUUAUGAUUGAUUUGCAAUUGCGAAACCACCAUGUAUAUAUCCAUUUUUGUCAGAGUUUAAUCUUUUUGGAUCACAAAA